ACCAUCCAUCCUUCCUUGCUUCUUUCUACACGACGCCCGUGCCAUCCGGUCAUGCCCCGCCAGCUUAUCGUGAUCUCGGAUCUUGCAGUCCUACCAAACGAAUCGGGCCUACGACCGGUCACACUAACCAUCGACCUCGACAGCGGGCGUAUCACCUCGGUCCUCAAGGGGCACGAGGUCGUUCCUGAUGAUCCCGACAACCAGGUUCUCCGUCUGCACGAAGGUCACGUCCUGCUUCCUGGAUUGAUCGACUGUCACGUUCACCUCAACCAGCCUGGUCGAACAGCCUGGGAAGGAUUUCAAACCGGCACACAAGCCGCUCUCACUGGAGGAAUCACAACGCUCAUUGACAUGCCACUCAACUCGAUACCCUCGACGACCAGCGUUGACAGUCUAGACGUCAAACGUGUGGAGGCCGAGCGGAGCGGGGUGUACUGCGACGUGGGCUUUUGGGGUGGUAUAGUGCCGGGGAACGAGGACGAGUUGGUACCCAUGUUGAACAAAGGGGUCAAAGGCUUCAAGUGUUUCUUGAUAGAUUCCGGCGUCGAGGAGUUUCAACAUGUCACUGAAGGGGACCUCAACGCAGCGUGCGAAGCGCUCAAGAACACCAACGCGCUCAUCCUUUUCCACGCAGAGGUCGAUUGUGGACAUUCUCCCGAGCAUACUCAUGCGGAUCCCUCGCGAUACUCCACUUUUCUCGCUUCCCGACCCCCCGAGCUCGAGCUCUCAGCUCUUGAGGUGAUCCUCAGAGUGGCCCGAUCCUAUCCCCAACUUCGCUUCCACAUCGUUCAUCUUUCCGCUGCAGACGCUCUACCCCGAAUCAGACAAGCCCGAGCUUCUGGUAUCCAGAAUCUCACAGUCGAGACCUGUUUCCAUUACCUCACAUUGCGCUCCGACGACAUUCCACCCCUCGCCACGCAGUACAAAUGCUGCCCCCCUAUCCGAUCCGAGGAGAAUCGACAGCGACUCCUCCAGGGCGUCGUGGACGGGACCAUCGAUUACAUCGUUUCUGACCAUUCGCCUUGCACCCCGGAGCUUAAGAAGGGUGAUUUCAUGUCGGCUUGGGGAGGCGUCUCUGGGCUCGGUCUUGGUCUACCUUUGCUUUGGACCGAGCUUGGUGACAAAGUCGAUCUGCCACGUGUAGUGAGCUGGCUAUCAUCGAAGCAGUCUGCGCAGGUCGGAUUGGCAGGGAGCAAGGGAAGUCUCGAGGUUGGGGCAGACGCCGAUUUUGUCGUAUUUGACCCAGAGGCGAACACUCUGAUACAGGAGAAAAACCUGAUCUUCCGAAACAAGGUGUCGCCUUAUCUUGGUCGUCAACUCCGAGGCAAGGUUUUGUCAACCCACAUCCGAGGCGAGAUAGCCUACAGCAGCGAUCAAGUUUCCUUUUCUCAGGAUACAUUGGGCCGUUUGCUGUAGAUCUCGACUUUCCUUUCAUGUGACCACGAGCAUGCAUUGCAUUGCAUUCGU